CACAGCACAGGCCAGACUGGAGACGAGACGACAGGAGACAGGAAAAGAAAGGCUGAUAAAACAACGCAGAAGGGAAGAGAAGAGGAGAGGAGAGAAGAGGAAAGGAGAGGAGAGAAGGGAAAAGGCUGGAAGAACAGCGCAGGAAUGGCCGACUGUUGUCAACCGGUUGGGGGUGUGAGCCCGCAUCAGACAGAGCAGCGGGGGGAGGGGCCUCAAGUGUCCCCCAAAACCAGUCAGCCAAUCGGGAUGGAGUCCUUCCCUUUCUCUGCCCACGACAACCGAUCGUCUCUACUUACCAGCAUCCAUGUGUUUGAUGGGGGUCUGGGCCGUAAGAAGUGUGUGGACGACCGACGGCAGCAUAACUCUCAUUUCUGUUUGUGCCACACGAACGUUCCCGGACCACCGGCUGAGGCCUGCUCCACCUACCAGACCAACUUUCUGUCCAAACAGGAAGUGGAGGCCACCCGGAGCCGGCGCUUUCCCAGAAGUCACCGGGAGCGCAGCAGUGUGGCAUCCAAUCAGCUGCAGCAGCAGGACCCCUUUCUCUGGUUUGGUCGCCAUGACGCCCCACACACACGCAUGCCACUGCACGUGCUCGCUGCCGUCAACAAUCCCUUAAUGUCUCACACAGACACACACAGACACUAACACACACAGACACACACACAGACACUAACACAGACACAGACACACACACCACUGCACAAGCUCAUUGUCUUCAACAAUACCUCAGUGUCACAGACACACUACACCCAUCACAACGAGCACUAGAACCAUCAUCUUCAUCAUCACCAUCAUCACUCCACUCCUGUGCCAAGUCAAGAGCUUCAGACCAGACAGGAGUCUAUGAUCAUCAUCAUCAUUCCA